AGCACUGGAGGCUCGAGAAACACACAAGAAGGUGGUUCUGGAUUGGGAUGAAUUCCGAGAGUUACUGGAGCAGAAGUACAUCAUGCUUUCGCCGUUUUGUGGCCGUACAGAAUGUGAAGAGGAAAUCAAAAAGGCAAGUGCACGGGAAGAAGGAAGUGAGCCUGGCGCACCGGCGAUGGGUGCAAAAACUCUUUGCAUUCCGCUCGAACAGCCACGGGAACCUCUGCCAAAUCGGUGUAUCAAUCAGAAUUGCACGGAGAAACCGCAAUAUUUCACGCUGUUUGGGCGAAGUUAUUAAAUUCAAACUUAUAUGUUUUUUUGGUUUUGGAAGCUUUUUGAAUAGUUGUUAUUUUUUUUUCCGGUUUGCAGAUAUACCUGUUUGAUG